GCGAGCUGGGCCAAGCCAACCAAGAUGAGAUUCACCUUCGCCGCCGCCGCCGUCACCCUCCUGGCCGCCCAGGCCCACGGCUACGUGACAUACUGGUGCACGGGCGACGGCGUGUGCGACAACUCGCCGGGCGUCGGGCCGACGUACGACUGCGGCAAGAAGCUCAAGCUGGGCGACUACGACUCGAAGCGCAAGCGCUGGAGCCACGGCGGGGAUGAAGUCAACUGGGACAAGUUCUGGCGCACCGGCGGCUUCUACGACUGCUGCCAUGACAAGAACAAGGGCGCCUGCUACGAUGUUCAGAACACAUAAGUGUGCCGGCAGGAGUGACUUCUGUGACAGUUAGGCCGCAGAUAGGGUGCGGGGAGGAUGGAUGAUGAGUCUUGGAAUAUGGUAUCAUCAGACUCCGUAAGUAGUUGUCGACUUGUCUAAGACUGUGAUUCCGAAAUCCAUCCAUAAUCUCUUUCCCAGUAAACUCCAAUGCCAUUCCUGCGGUUAAGCAAACCAAUUCGCGCUCUAUCCUACUCGCUCCCCUCCGCAGAUCAACCAUUACUGGGCGUUGGAGACCUCGAAGGCAGCUCCUCGUGCCCGAGAUCACGCAGCCAUGGAUCUUUGGCCAGCUCUGCAGCAAACAGUCUGUCCCCCGGGCGCCAUUGUAGCAUCCUCCUGAUGAAGGCCAGAAACUUUCCUUUCUAUUCUCCUCCGAGGACCUUCUCUUCCGUCUCCGAUAUUGCAUCGGAGAGUUUGCCCGUAUGUUUGAAUGUACC